AUGGGAGCUUGCGCAUCAUGUUUGGGACGGCGUGAUGGAGACGCCUACGACGAGGAAGAGGAGAACCGCCUUCUUUACGAUGAUGCCAACGGCAUGCAAUACGGUAGUUUCGGCGACCAGUCCCUGAAUGGCGAGAACGACACACUCGAAGCCCAACGGGAAAACGAGGCCCUUCAGCGAGUAGUGGCUAAGACAUCAAACAACAUGGUGGACAUCUUCGACAUAGCACCGCAAGAUAACGCUCCCCGCGGAACGACGACGCCGUUUGCCUACGCCGGUCAAGGUGCCCGUCUCGCUCGAUACCAACACCUUGUGUCAAAACUUAGCAACCAGGGCGAAAGCCCCGCAAACGCGAAUGGCGUCAAGGUCGAUUGGAUACCGGAAGACGAGACGAUCGAGAUGCAGAAGAACGGACCGGCCAGCAUCAAGACCCUCGAGAGCGAUGAAGGUCCUCUGGUCGGAACCUUUGCGGACGCUGCAGCGGCGAUGCAGUAA